UCCGUCUCUUGAGUCGGCUUCUCACCGCCUUCGGCCUGUGGCGGUGGUGUUCUUCCGAGAAACGGCCAUUGGCCCGUCAGCCGUGGAAGCGGGCGAAAGAUGGAUCUUCCGCUGACGGUGCUCGUCCAUGGGAUCCACUGGGCGGCGUGGCGCUGGGCGGAGCGUCGGUUCCCUUUCUUUCUCUAGCUAGGGUUACGGGUCUUCGUUCAGGUGUUGCAUGCUUGUGAUAUGAGAGAAGUGCUGUAUUUAGACAUUGGAUGCAUACAAUCCUUACUAUGGAAUACAACUGUUAUUCACUGAGAAUAGUUUUGGUAAACUCAUGAGAGAAGUUUACCGUCAGAGGCACUGCAUCCAGGCUUAUGAUGCAAAUUUCAUGAUCUCUGAUUCUUCACUGCUUUGGAUGGCAUUUUGCCGAAGAGGAAAUGUGAGAUGAUGGAUGACUAGGCGGCAUUUUCUCGGGUACUUGUUGCAAGUGUUGAAGGUGACAUAUCAAGAGAACCAUUUAUUUAAAAGGGCAUCCUCCUCCUCCUCCACAAAAGUACUCAAAGGUAUGUUACAGUCCCUCCUCCGCCGACUCUCAUUCCUCUUCUAGAUAUUAUUAUUAUUUUCUGAUGGUCACAUGAUGAUGAGAGUUGGUAAUUUUCUAUGUUGCGUCAUAGCUUUCUGCUAAUCUAAUUCCUUUUGCAUUGCCAACAUCAAAAUCGACAGGCCAUCUUGAUUUGACCAGACAGUCCAUUGUGAGCCAUUAAACCGUAACUUCAAUUUCAUUGCAAUGACUGAGGGGGGUAAUAUUUCCUGGAAGUGGAGGUGGAUAAUAUAGGGUAAGGCAUGCUCAAAGUUGGUUCAGUAAAAAACGUUCCCUAGCUAGCCAACUUAAAGAUGGAGAUGUGAAAUAUGAAUCCACGAGGCUUAAAUGAUAGGUUGGAGAACUUCAAUUCACAGGUUUUAUGACCUCCCCGACCGAGUUGCCAUCUCCUUACUUAUCUUGGCUUUGUGCUUUCUGGCCAUCCUACACCUCCCCCAGAAGUUCCAGUCCAUGGAUGCCACUUGUCCAUGGCUGCCUAAUUUAUGUGAAGUAGAGGUUCACAGGCUUCGCUUCAUCUCAUCGGAGGGCCAUCGUGCCCGAGAGAGAGACGAGCACUCACGCCUCCAUGCCUGCUUCUGCCCAUCAACCCUGUCUUCCCCUCACCGUUGGAAUAUCGCAGGUCUUCCGUUGGGUUCACCAUGCUCCUUUAAGGCUGCAGCUUAAACCGGACCGGAUGAUGACUUGACCUUAGGCAGGAAAGAAUUAGACCACAGCUGUUCACCAUGACCAUGCAUCCAAGAAAGGAGGCCACAGGAUUUGAGGAUAGCAAGUACCUGCUCCUGCUUCCCUACCUGACAGGAACAGUGUCAUCAUCAGUCUGCCAAGGCCUACCAAUCAAUCCCCUCCUAAUUACUUAAAUCUAACCAUUGUGGGGUGUUUCAGCAUGUAUCCUUCAACCAGUCAUGGAUAUAUUCUGAGAGGAGGGCACCGGCUCGUUCAUCCCUUCCUCUCCUGCGUGGAAAUGGACCCGAGCUUGGAGCUGAUGGGCCAACUCGAAGAGCUAAAUGGAUCCGCCAUGGAGAUUCCAGACUCCGGAGUCGUGGGAUUUUUCAGCGAGGAUUACUUGUCCCACCAGUCUGACCUCGGCAUGCCUUUUCCGGAUCACGUGUCUGGUUUGUUGCCGGCAGAAUGCCAAACACCCGCGGCGCCGCCGCAGUCCAAGGCGUCUGUAGCUGAGCAGAGUCAGGGAGACAGGAAAAGGAAGGGCAUGGAGGCGUCUGUGCCUGAGCAGAGUCAGGGAGACAGGAGAAGGAAGGGCAUGGAGGCGCCUGUUUCUAACAGCGAACACGCUUCGGCAGCUCUUUCGGAGUCCGGCUUGCGAGUGCUCGAGAUCAAGAAGAAUAGUAGUAACCGCUCAGGGGGUGGGAAGAGAGCGAGAGGCAAUUCGAGGAAAGCGGAGAAGCUCAAAGAGGUGGUUCAUGUGAGGGCAAGAAGAGGCCAAGCCACUGACAGCCACAGCCUAGCCGAGAGGGUGAGAAGAGAGAGGAUUAAUGAAAGAAUGCGCUGUUUACAAGGCCUGGUUCCCGGCUGCUACAAGGCCAUGGGCAUGGCCGGAAUGCUCGACGAGAUAAUUAACUAUGUACAAUCACUGCAGAACCAAGUGGAGUUCCUUUCGCUGAAACUUUCGGCUGCAAGCUCCUUCUACGACUGCUGCUUCGACAUGGGCAUGGAGACUCUCUCCACACCACAGUCCUUGUUUCUCAUAUAUCUGCAGGCAGGUGAUGGGCAGGAGACAGAUGAGGCAGCUGUAAGACCGGUGCGAGAGGAGUAUGGGGGUUGUACCACCGGCUUUCCUCUCUAGUUUGUCCUUUCGCAUCUCUCUCUCUCCCUCUCUCUCUCUCUUUUUGCUUCGACUGCCAUCUCUGAUUAUAUCUACUCGUGCAUGGCACACAUGUAUUUUCCCAUGCACAUAUACAUAUAUAUAUAUAUAUAUAUAAGCUUUACUUCUUUUUGUGUUUGCAUCUGUCCACUUUGACUCAGUACUUGAUGUUGCUCUCUAUCUCAACUGAAUGGCAAGAAAUAAGUCCACGUUUUUUAGCAUGAUUUAUUUAAAUUAUA